AUGUUCACCAAGAAGAGCCUCCUCGCUUUCGUGGGCUGCCUGGCUAUGGCCGCAGCGGAGACCACUACCGUCGAGUACCCUACUGCUGCUGAGAUUGAGGCUGCCCAGGCCUCCGUCCUGCCUUACUCGCCCGUCUCCAAUGUCAAGGGUCUUGCUUUCGACCGUUUCGUCGAUGUCUGGAUCGAGAACACUGACUUUGCCACCACUGCCGGUGACAAGAACUUCGAGGCUCUGGCCAAGGAGGGUAUUCUCUUGACCAACUACUUCGCCGUCACUCACCCCUCCGAGCCCAACUACUGCGCCUCCGCCGGUGGUGACGACUUCGGCAUGGACAACGACGACUGGCACCAGAUCCCCGCCAACGUUUCCACCAUUGCCGACCUGUUCGACACCAAGGGCGUUGCCUGGGGCGAGUACCAGGAGGGUCUUCCCUAUGCCGGAUACCAGGGCUUCCGCUACCCCGAGUCCGGUGCGAACGACUACGUCCGCAAGCACAACCCUCUCGUGCUCUUCGACUCGGUCACCAACGACGCCGUCCGCCCCCGUCAAAUCAAGAACUUCACCUCCUUCUACGAGGACCUGGAGCACCACCGUCUGCCCCAGCACAUGUUCAUCACCCCCAACAUGACCAACGACGCCCACGACACCAACAUCACCUUCGCCGGCUCCUUCGUCAAGCGCUUCAUGGACCCCCUCCUCAAGAACGACUACUUCACCAAGGACACCCUCGUCCUGAUCACCUUCGACGAGACCGCCACCUACCUGCAGGAGAACCGCGUCUACUCCAUCCUGCUGGGCGGCGCCGUCCCCGAGCACCUCAAGGGUACCACCGACGACACCUUCUACACCCACUACUCCGUCAUCGCCUCGCUGAGCGCUAACUGGGGUCUCCCCUCCCUGGGCCGCUGGGACUGCGGUGCCAACUUGCUCAAGCUUGUCGCUGACAAGACUGGCUACGUUAACUGGGAUGUUGACUUGACUACCAUCGCCGAGAAGGACUACUUCAACCAGACUGCCCCCGGCCCUCUGUCUGAUAACAUCUACUCCAAGUACUCCUCCGAGUGGCCCAUCCCUACUACUAACGAGCGCUGCUCUGCUGGUCACGGUAUUCUGAACACUGUCAAGAAGACCUAUGCUGGUCACAAGGCUACCUACAACUACACUAGCCCUGUGCCUUACAGUGCCCCCGCUGGUAUUAACGUUGGUGUCAAGUACUCUCGUACUCUGAAGAACGGCAAGAAGGAGAGCGGUAUCACCAACUAA